AUGUGCUUCCUGCAGUACUCGAUCCUCAUCACGUUCGACCACGUGCGCGACAUCGCCGCCAGCAUCUCGGGCGUGUCCCGCUACCGGUCCGAGGAGGCCCGAUCCGGCCUGGCCAAGCUGCUCAUCGCGUGGGAGAGCAUCUACACGCGUCGCCUGUACCACCGCGUGCAGGACGUCUUCAACCGCCCCGUGGCCGGAGCGCCCGGGGCGCACAUCGACCUCAUCCAGCGCACGUCCACGGACGGCAACAAGUCGUUCGUGCGGCUGGACGAGCCGCCGCAGCACUGCCUCAACCUCGGCUCGUACAACUACCUAGGCUUCGCGGACGACUGGAUGAACACGUGCAGCCACGAGGUCUUCCACGCCGUGGAGCAGUUCUCGGUGGCGUCCACCGUGCCGCCCAUGGAGUUCGGCACCACGUCGGUGCACGUGGCUCUGGAGCGCGCUGUGGCCAAGUUCAUUGGUAAGGAGGCGGCCAUCGUGUACAACAUGGGCUACGCCACAAACGCCACCAGCAUCCCGGCGCUCAUGGGCAAGGGUACGCUCAUUCUGAGCGACGCGCUGAACCACACGUCCAUCGUCAACGGAGCGCGCGCAUCCGGUGCCACCGUCGGCGUGUUCAGACACAACGACCCCGAGCACUUGGAGCAGGUGCUGCGCACCAAGAUCGCGGAGGGCCAACCACGCACGCACCGCGCGUGGAAGAAAAUUAUGGUCAUGAUCGAAGGCAUUUACUCGAUGGAGGGCGAGAUCGUGCGUCUGCGUGAGAUGGUGGACAUCACCAAGAAGUACAAGGCGUACAUCUACGUGGAUGAAGCCCAUAGCAUCGGUGCGUUGGGCAAGACAGGUCGCGGCAUUUGUGAGUAUGCUGGAAGCUUCGGCGGCAUGGGCGGCUACAUCGCUGCGUCCGAAGAGAUUAUCAACUUCAUCCGCAACUCGAGUGCGGGAGCGAUCUACGCGACGAGUCUGUCGCCGGCGAUCGCACAGCAGAUCUUGACGGCGCUGAACAUCAUUGCGGGGCUGGACGGCACGGACAUCGGCCGCAACAAACUCGACUCACUGCGCGAGAACAGCAACUACUUCCGCCAGAAGCUCAUCGACAUGGGCGUGAUCACGCUUGGAGACUUCGACUCGCCCGUCAUCCCGGUGAUGCUGUACCACAUGUCGAAGGUCGGCGAGUACUCGCGCGAAUGCCUCAAGCGCAACCUGGCUGUGGUGACGGUGGGUUUCCCUGCGACGCCCCUGCUGCUGUCCCGCGUUCGCUUCUGCGUUUCGGCAGCGCACACCAAGGAGGACAUGGACGAAGCCCUCAAAGCCAUAGAAGAAGUAAGCGAGAUCUGCCACGUGCGCUACAACAGCCACAUCUGCGGCUGA